AUGAAAAAACCUAAAAAAAUAAAUCGUUUUUUCUUCACCUUCUUUUUCAACUUCCUUUUCUUCUUCUUCUUCUUCUUCUUCUUCUUCUUCUUCUUCUUCUUCUUCUUCUUCUUCUUCUCCUCCCUCUCCUUCUUCACCCUCUCCUCCUCCUCCUCCUCCUUCUUCUUCUUCUUCUUCUUCUUCUUCUUCUUCUUCUUCUUCUUCUUCUUCUCGACGCUUAUUAAUGCUUCUUUCUCAUUUUCCUUAAAAGAAUUUUAUCUAUUAAUUUUCUAUCUAUCUAUCUAUCUAUCUAUCUAUCUAUCUAUCUAUCUAUCUAUCUAUCUUUCUUUCUUUCUUUCUUUCUUGUCUUUCCGCCUGUCUAUCAAUCACCAUUAUCUAUCUAUCUAUCUAUCUAUCUAUCUAUCUAUCUAUCUAUCUAUCUUUCUUUCUUGUCUUUCCGCCUGUCUAUCAAUCGCCAUUAUCUAUCUAUCUAUCUAUCUAUCUAUCUAUCUAUCUAUCUAUCUAUCUAUCUAUCUAUCUCCAUGCUCUGUCUAUGCUGCAGUCUUUCUUUCGAAGAUUUGUUUUUUCUCAAUUUGCGCAAACUCUUACGUCCCUCAACGUUUUUCUUUUACGUCGAAUUUGAUUAUUUUCUUCCAAUUCAUUAUUUCAUUUUGUGUUUUUCUUAUGGAGCAUUUCCAAUUCUUUCUCUCGGUUUUCAUUCAAUCAACGAAUCAGAGACUUUCGUUUUUUUUUUCUUCUCAUUUUUCUUCAGCUAGACGGAAAAUAUUUAUAAACCUCAUCCUCCUUGAAAUCGAUUUACCUUUUCUGUUACCUGCUAUCUUUCGACAUUCAUACGAGAUUUAUCUCUCUCAAUACGUUGAUAUCCAUAUUCUUGGUCUCUCUCUCUCUCUCUUCUUUCUUUCUUUCUUUCUUUUUCUAUGUUCGUAA